ACAAGUUGUGUGGGUAUGUGGAGGAGAAGCGGAUUGUCGCAAGAAGGCGCAGGUCGCGGGAGGGCGCAAUUGUUCCACGGUCGGCGACCGGCUUACAGUAUUUGAGAAGCCAUCUUACGUUCACCAACUCACCAUCUGACUAGCCAUUGGCGGCGCUGUGAAGUUGAAACCCCCAUACUACGUCGUUCACUUCUAACACGAUCAUGUUCAAGCCCUCGUUUUCUCGUGGGUUGGCCGCGACGAGCUUACGGCGGCAGCUGUCAUCGCACGCCGGAUCCAGCUUGAAAAUCAAUUCCGACCGCCUGCUGGAAACUCUCCAUCACACCUGUCAAUGGGGCGCAGCUCAUCGAUAUGGCGACGGACCAACGCAAACCGGCAUGAACCGACUAUGCUUGACAGAUGACGAUGCCCGAGUCCGCCGGUGGCUGCUGGAUGAAGCCGAGAAGCUGGGCUGCACCGUCACGAUCGACCAGAUGGGCAACAUGUUCGCGCGACAACGCGGGUCUCUCAACUCCCCGGCUCCCAUGACGGCAAUGGGCAGCCACCUCGACACGCAACCGCGCGGGGGCCGGUACGAUGGCAUUCUGGGCGUCAUCGCCGCACUAGAAGUGCUGCGCACGAUGAAAGACCAGGGCUACCAAACACAAUUCGAUGUCGGACUGGUGAACUGGACCAACGAGGAGGGGGCCCGGUUUCCGAAAUCCAUGUGCUCCUCCGGCGUCUGGGCCGGCGAGAUCCCCGUCGAGAGCGCCUGGAAACUCGCGGAUAUCUUCGACCCAUCCGUGAUAUUACGCUCCGAGCUGCAGCGCCACGGCUUCCUAGGCAGCACACCCUGCUCGCCCACGGGCUACCCACUAGGGGCGCACUUCGAGCUGCAUAUCGAACAGGGCCCCAUCCUGGAGGAAGCCAACCGGAAGAUCGGCGCCGUGACAGGAGCGCAGGGAUACCGGUGGCUGACGAUCAAUGUGGUCGGCCGCGACGCACACACAGGCACGACGCCGCUUAGUGCGCGGCGCGACCCGCUCCUCGCGGCCGCGAAGAUGAUCGCCGCGUCGAACGCCGUGGCCAAGCGACACGGGGCGCUGGCAUCGACGGGGGUGCUGAAGCUGCCGCCGACCUCGUCUACGAACACCGUCGCCGCGGAGGUGACUUUCACGCUGGACAUCCGGCACCCGCGCGACCACGUCGUGCACGCCGUGCAGGACGAAUGUCUGGACGCCUUCAACGAGAUCGCGCGCGAGGACGGCAAGGGCGUGUCCUUCGAGUGGACGCUGGAUACCGAUUCGCCCGCCGUGCAGUUCGAUGCCCACUGUCUGACAGCCGUCAAGGAGGCGGCGACGCAGCUCGUUGGCGCCGACGGCUGGCUGGAGAUCACCAGUGGCGCGGGCCAUGACAGCGUCUACACGAGCCGACACUGCCCCACGGCGAUGAUCUUCGUACCUUGCAAGGAGGGUGUCAGCCACCAUCCGGAGGAGUACUGCAAGCCCGAGGACUGUGCCCUUGGAACGCAAACGCUGCUGGAGUCAGUGGUGAACUAUGAUCGCAUGAGGAACAAGCUCAAUUAGACCACACUCAUGCCAGAUGACUGAAAAGGGUCACUCACAAUAUUACCCACCAAUGUGGCUGGUCAAGCUACGCUGCUCAUGACCAUCGCAGGCCUGAAAAUCAAUCGAUCAGCCCGUCGAACUCUGUCACGCAACUCGGGACGAGGCCAUGCAGUAUCUGCCACCCAUCCCACGUAUCGGCCGAUCGAGUAGGCAGAACGAAAACGAGCAAGAGACAGUGAAAGUGCCCGGCGGAUUGAUA